AUGAGCUCCAAAAUUUGGAAAGCCAUUCUAAAGGACGACGUGGUCAAAUUGAAGAACAGUAUAGAAAGCGAAGGAGAUGUGAACCUAAAUUCGUACAACAAGGAAGGAUUAACGUUGCUCCUCUUUGGGAUCGAAAAGGGGUGUGCCGAAUGUUGCUACUACCUCGUCAAUGAGCGUAACGUGAAUAUUUUUUUAAAAGAUAAAAAGGAGAAGGACAAUGCCUUGAUGAAGUGCAUGAUCCUUGGACAGGACAUGAUCAACGUGAGUAGAUUAUUAAUAGAAAAAAAAAUUGAUGUAAACGAAAAAAACAAAAAUGGAAAAACGAGCCUCCAUAUAGCUAGUGAGUAUAACUACGUUAAAGGAAUAGAAUUGUUGAUAAAAAAUCAUGCCCAGAUUAAUGCCCUAGAUAAUGAAGGUAAUACUCCCCUAAUGUGCUCAAUUAAGAGGAGCAAAGAAGAAGCAGCCAUUUUACUCAUCGAAAAGGGUGCAGAUGUGAAUAUAAAAGACGGGGACAUGAAUUCUGUUCUACACAUUUGUGCGAAGGAGCAUCUAGGAAAUAUAGCCCAAAGUAUUCUACUCACACAAAAGGUAGACAUAAAAAAUUGUCUCGACGGUGAGAAUAAUUCCCCCCUACAUAUAGCAGCAAAGGAAAACCAAAAAGGUCUAUGCGACCUCUUUUUGAAGCACAAAUUUGAUGGAUACUUAAAAAACAAUAACAACGAAACGUAUGAGGAUAUUUUAAAAAAACAUGAAAAAAAUGAUAUUUUGAAGGAAGAAGAAAAGAAGAAAAAUUAUCAGGAGAAAGAAAUCCGAAAGAGGAAGAACUACGAAGAGGCAAUGCUAAAAACGGAUGUCUCCAAUUUUCUCAAAUUGCAUAAUUUAGAAUCCCUCAUUCCACAUUUUUACAAACAUAAUUAUGUGUACGUCGACCAGGCUUUCCUAGAUGUCAACGAUUCUACACUGAAGAAGAUGAACCUCAGUAAGGAAGAGCGCCACCUUUUUUAUGAGGCCGUCGAUAAGCAUUACUCUCAGAUAGAGGAUGAGGAGAACGAACAAGAGUUGGCUAACCGGCAACUGCAGGAGGAGCAGAGGAGGACGAAGCGCCUCAAGUUGGUUUCUUACGUGGUGUCCCUAAUAUUUACUGCAAUAUUUAUUUAUAGCAUCGUCAUAUCCCUCCUCAAGCGGGGGCGCAUCUUCUUCUGA